GUAUUGCUCGGUCAAAACACCAUUAACAGCAUCACUACUGUUCCUGCCAUGAAAAUCAACUAUUCAUCUUCAUCAUCUAGUAUUGUAGCAAAGGCAACCAGUACUGGUGCCGCGGCGGCGGCCGACGAUGCAGUGUUGGAAUUGGAGCUGGGAGAGAUUAAGAACAAGUACAUGAAGUGGCAGUACGCCAUCAACUACGUCGUUUCAUAUCCAGAAAACUCAAAUGCAAAUCAAGAUGCUCCUCCUCUUCUUCUUGUUCACGGCUUCGGCGCCUCCGUUCCACACAGGCGCAGAAAUAUCAAGACUUUGGCGAAGAAUUAUACCGUUUAUGCUAUUGACCUGAUUGGCUUUGGUGCCUCAGACAAGCCGAUAGGCUUCAAGUUUUCAUACACCAUGGAGAAAUGGGCGGAGUUAAUCUUGGAUUUUUUGGAUGAAGUUGCUCAGAAGCCGGCUGUUUUGAUAGGCAACUCCGUGGAAAGCCUUGCAUGCGUAAUUUAUGCCUCAGUGACUUGUAUGUUCUGGUCCAACGAACCAGAAUCUAAGAAAGGACUUGUGCGAGGGCUAGUGCUUCUAAAUUGCUCUGGUGGGAUGAACAACAAGGCCAUAGUUGAUGAUUGGAGGAUCAAGCUGCUAUUCCCUUUGCUUUUGCUAAUUGACUUCUUGAAGCAACUGCCUAUUGCUUCCUUUAUCUUUGAACGCGUCAGACAAAGAGAAAGUUUGAGAAAUAUCUUAUCGUCUGUUUACUCCAACAAAGAAUCCGUAGAUGAUGAAUUAGUUGAGAUCAUCAUGGAACCAACAAGUAACCCGGGUGCACUGGACGCUUUCGUUUCGAUCGUCACAGGCCCACCGGGACCAAACCCGGUCAAGUUGAUACCAGGCCUCUCACUACCCAUCGUCUUAUGGGGCGAUGAAGACCCGUUCACUCCUCUUGAUGGGCCUGUUGGUAAAUACUUCUCGUCCUUACCUUCUCAGCAAUCGAAUGUGAGCCUCUCUAUUUUACAAGGAGUUGGAACUUCUUCCCUGGUUGGAUAUUCUUUCCAUCUAAUCCUAUAA